AUGGGGGAAAAUGUAAAGAACGUUCCCCACUUUGUUCACAUUUCCCACUUUCCCCCUUCGAAACACAAAACUUUAGAACCUAGAGCAACCACCAGUAGCCACCAGGACAGAUUCUCCAAAAAAAAAGGAAACGAAUCAAAAGGAUUAAUUAACAGUUACUUGGACAGUAUAUUAGACAGUGAUGUGUUAGCGUAUUAUGAACAAGAUGCGGGAAGCAUACACAGUGAGGACAUGGAUGUAGAAAGUCUAUUAGACGCGUUCUGUAUACAAACUUACGUCAUGUCUGCACAUUUAAUGGUGCAUAGUGAUGCAUCCCAAAGGAAAAAUGCCUAUAUGAGUAUAUGCCGAGAUUGCCAUCAUUUUUUCGCGAAUCAGAAGGAGUGCCUAGAUAAUUCGAUUAACAUGUCCAUAAAGAAUAAUAGCGAGAAGGAAACAGUGAUCAGAGUGCCCUUGUUAGGCCUGAAAUAUGAGGAAUCAAGAAAGUCAAACCAGUCCCUUAUCGUCAACUUCCCGGUGACUUACGUCCUGUCAAAGUUAAUGUCUAGCUUAGUCAACAUGGAUUCGUACGAUUCGAAGGACGUGUCAACAACAUGUGAUAUCUUGCGAAAAACAUUAUCAAUGCAGAUAAAUCAAAAGCUACGCAGGUUUCCAAACAUCAUGGGUAUUUUCUCUGCCUACAUUUCAUCGUAUACUAGCAACUUUAACAAUGAGGUGAGUAGCAAGGUAACGGACAUGUCGAACCCAUUGCACAGCUGUAAAGAGUUGUUGAAGUCAUUUGAAAAAAUGGAGAAGUUAACUUCCUCCUUGGUAAAGAAGUCGAGCAAAAAAUACUUGGAACACCAGACUAGACAAAACAAAAUGGAAAGUUUUGUUUUCUCCAUUUUUAACUUUAAGUGUAGAGAAUCGGAUACAAAUAUGCAUAUUAAAAUGAUAUACGAUUUUUCCUAUUACAUUUAUGACGUUAUAGAAAGGAUUAAAAGGGUGUACAAUGAAGAAAUAAGAUCUUUAUUUUUAAAAGAUUUGGAGACCCCUGAGUUGUUCUUCUUAAGAAAUAGUUCAAAUAUAAAAAACAUUUGCUCCAUAAAUAUAAUUGCAACCAUUUCUUGGUUUUUCAAUCAAGUGAAUAUGGGCAUAUAUAACAAGAACAAAACGGUUCUGGAUUUAUUUAUCGAAAAAUUUUCAUCUCAAAAUAUUGAGAAAAUAGUAAAAAUGGAAAAAAUCCAGAAGAAUGUGCCAAAAAAAUACAUCAUGGAUUUAUGCCUUAAGACUAUGACAGAGAUAGUUGAUAUGGUCGGUUCGGCCUUGCUUGCUUACUACAAUGAGAAUUUAUCAGAAGUUGGUCAAGAAAUACAUGCGGAGGAAGAAGCAGGAGACGCAGACUCAUGGUCUGAUGGAGACACAAUCAGAGCGCCAAGUCCAGCGACAUCGUCCGAUGGGGACACUAUCGGAGCGGGAAGUCCAGUGACAUCGUCCAAUGGAGACACACCCAGAUGGGCAAGUCCAGCGACACCGUCCCAUGAAGACACAGCAAGAGAGGCAAGUCCAGCGAGAUCCUCCGAUGAAGACACACCAAGAGCGGCAACUCCAGCUGCAUCGCCCGAAGAAGAUAACCCCAGAACUUCGAGCCCCAACCCAGUACCAUACCCAUCUGUACCAUUAUCAUCCCCAGGGGGAUACCUACCCCAGACCCUUUCAUCAAUCUCAUCUUUGCCCCCAUCAUCACCCUCACCUCGAAAUGGUACACCCCAAAAGGUUACCUUCUCCAACAUAAUUAAAUACGCUGAGAUGUCCCUUCUAAAGCACAGGCUAGGUGAACUUCUAGAAGAGGCGUCAGACCAUGGCAGCAGUUACGAAUCCCAUAAAGAUAGACAGAGUUUACAGAGAAACUUUGGGGAGAGGGAAAAUGUUAUUUGUUUAAUGAAAAUUUUUUCCACUAGGAUGAAUUCUCAUAUUUCUAAUUUACAAAAUUCGUUCCUAAAAAAGCUCACGCUUGAGAAUUAUAAAUUGUACGGAGUUUUAAAUAGACCCCUUGAUGAUAGAGAAUCUAUGUACUUUUGCACCUUUCCCGGGGAAUACCUGAUUCAUAGAAUACUCUCCUCGAAGUUUUAUUUCAUGAUUAAUAUUUACAAGUGA